AUGAGUUACCGCCAAGAUGGAACAAUCGACGGCGAUGGACAUUCUAACACCACUCCUCCUGCACCGCCAGCAUCCACGCGCUCACGACGUGGUGCCUCUGGUUCAACGGUCAAAGUCACUCGCGAUGAAUCCAGUUCACCCGAUGAGUCUAGAAAGGCUCUACGCCUUACGGUCAAGAUGCCAUCAAGUAAAUUAAGAGAGGCUAUGUCGAGCAGUACUAGCUCACGGAGUCCUAAUCCUGGAGAUCAAUUGACCGGAGCGGAGAUACUUAGCGGUCCCCGAUCUAGUCGUGCGAAGAAGAGCUACGUGGUGGAGAGUGAGAGCGACGAUGAGGAAGAUGACGAGGAUGAGGAAGUAGAAGCCAGUGACGAUGAGCAAAUUGAACAAGAGGACGAGGAGCAGGAUGGAGAAGGUGAAGGAGAAGAGGACGAGGAAGAAGAUGCGGAAGGAGAAGCUGAAGAGGAGAGUGCAGACGAAGACGCAGAUGCUGAUGGCGACAUCGACAUGGACGAAGACGCCGACGACGGCCAACCGCUACCUGCACCGCCAUCUAUUCUCAAAGUCAACGGCCCAGCAGCGAAAACACCAGCAAAGCCAGCAGCAAAACCGACUCUAACCGUCACACCGGCUCAAGAUGCCAAAGUUAAAAGCGUAGAAGCUAAGGAAAUGGAGAUGGAGGACGAUGACGAAGAGCUUUCCGAACUUUCCGAAAAUGACGACGAAGAAGACGCCGAAGGAGAAGAGGAUGCCGAGGGAGAUGACGAUGUAGACAUGGAACAAGAAGAUGAGGGUAGAAGUGAUGCUGGUAGUCGUGGCAGUACGCCUGAUGUUAGCAAGAUGACGAAGAGGCAGCAGGGCAGAUUGAAUCAGGUGGUGGGAAGCGAUUUUCUUCAGUUACCUAUGGAACCUCAAACAAAAAAGCAUCUCACCGCGGAAGAGCAUGCCAUGCGCCGCGCUGAGAUGGCCCGGCGACGCAAGAACCUGAGCGAGAAGCGCAAUGAAGAGGAAAAGAUGGACACAAUAAAUCGCCUCCUCAAAAAACAAGCUCCCAAACGCCGUGGCAAAAUCUCCGCAGCGGAAAUCACCGCUCAAGAUCGUGGAGACGACUCUGUGUCUCCACCUGAAGAGGAAAUCGCGCCUGCUAAUCCGGUCUUUGUGAGAUGGAUUAGUAAUCGCGAUGGGUGCAGGGUGGGUGUGCCAGGGGAGUGGUUGAGUGGGCGGGUUGGAAAGGUGUUUGGAGGUGGGAGGGCUGUUGAGGAGGUUAGUUAG